CCGCCCCGUGCUCUCGUGAGGCGUGCCAGUUAGAGUCCCCUGGAGGGACCGCCGAGAUACCGCGAUAUUUGGGAGCGACCCCGAGACGUGCUUGGCGCGGAUCCUAAAUCCCGGCAGCUGUAUGGAGCCCAGUCCUGGCAGGCUCCCAGAACUUGAAGCCACCAGACCCCACAUGGAGCCAAAGGCCACCUGUCCAGCUGCUGCAUGCUUGGUGGAGAGAAAAUUCCAUGUUCUUGUGGGUGUCACGGGAAGUGUUGCAGCCCUCAAGUUGCCUCUUCUGGUGUCAAAGCUUUUGGACAUUCCUGGGCUACAUGGCAUGGGGCAGCCCCACUGGGAAGAGCCAUGGAAGCCACAGUCCACCUGCUCUUGUGAAGGGCCCCAUGCCUUUCAUCUGCAGCUGGAAGUAGCAGUGGUCACAACUGAGAGAGCCAAACAUUUCUACAACCCCCAGGACAUUCCUGUCUCCCUCUACAGUGACGCUGAUGAAUGGGAGAUGUGGAAGUGCCGCACUGACCCGGUUCUGCACAUUGACCUGCGGAGGUGGGCAGACCUCCUGCUGGUGGCUCCUCUUGACGCCAACACUCUGGGGAAGGUGGCCAGUGGCAUCUGUGACAACUUGCUCGUGAGUGACGCCCUGGUGCACUCGUCCCUCCUGGGCCUCACUCCCAGUUUGCUGAGCUGCAGACUUCCUUACCUGCGUCAUCCGGGCCUGGGACUGCAGCAAGCCCCUGCUCUUCUGCCCGGCCAUGAACACCGCCAUGUGGGAGCACCCCGUCACAGCACAGCAGGUCAACCAGCUCAAGGCCUUCGGCUAUGUUGAGAUCCCCUGCGUGACCAAGAAGCUGGUGUGCGGAGACAAAGGUCUGGGGGCCAUGGCUGAAGUGGGCACCAUCGUGGACAAAGUGAAAGAAGUCCUCUUCCAGCACAUUGGCUUCCAGCAGAGUUGACCUGGGACUCCUGGGUAUCCCUCUAUACUCAGAAUGGGUUCAGGCCAAGUUGGUGAAGAUAGAUGUUGGCAAAACAGGAGGAUUCCUUCAUUUGCUGAAUGGGGUUCUGGCUGAGGCCUACUCUGAGCCUCCCUAGGGAACGGACCUGCUCCAGGAGAAACUGGAUGGAAGGCCCAGGUCUCAGCUUCUUUCCACUAGGAGAUGGCCGCUGCCUAGAGCCCCUCCCGACCUUUUCCUGAAUGGGCAAGGCAGGCCAGGAGAGCAAGCAGUGUUGCCCUCACGGGAGGAGGACUGGAUGACUGGGAAAACUCGGCUCUACAUCUCACGCAGAACGGCCUUUAGAGACAGCACAGCUGGAGAGCCCUGGCCGAGCCUUGGGAGCUUCAGCUCUUUGGCAGAGUGCCCAGGUGCCAUGCAUCAGAGAAGCCUGCAACUUGGCAGGAUGCUGAGGUCUCCUGCACACCAUGUCAUGAGAUUCAAGGUGUUGGGAAAUAAAGAAAAAUGACCAUU